AUAUAAACAUCUUUCCCCUCACAUUCACCCUUUUCAAAACACACCUGUCUUCGUCUCGUCACCCACAAAUUUUAUAUUCAUUGUUCUCUUACUUUCAAUAAAGCAAGUCCUCGUGGUUCAUCUGUUGCCGUGAUGUCGUACUCACGGAGGUCAAGAUAUUCUCCUUCGCCUUCUCCUUUACCAUAUAAGCGAUAUGGUAGGUCUGUGUCCAGGUCCCUCUCAAGGUCCAUGUCCAGAAGCCGUUCAAGGAGUGUAUCAAGGGAUGCAGAAAAUCCAGGAAACAAUCUGUAUGUGACAGGAUUGUCUCCUAGGAUCACCAAGAGGGAACUGGAAAAGCAUUUUGCUGCCGAGGGGAAAGUGAUAGAUGUACAUUUGGUGGUUGAUCCUUGGACAAGGGAAUCCCGUGGGUUUGGUUUUGUGACAAUGGAGAGUGUUGAGGAGGCCGAUCGAUGUGUAAAGUAUUUGAAUCGCUCUGUACUUGAAGGGCGUGUUAUUACAGUUGAGAAGGCCAGAAGGCGACGUGGUCGAACCCCAACGCCAGGGAAGUAUCUAGGGUUGAGAACUGUUCGUGGGAGACGCCGUUCUCCAAGUUACUCUCCUCGUCGUUCCCCUAGCUAUUCUCCUUACAGAAGAAGCUACAGUCGGUCUCCCUAUUCUUCAGACCGAAGUAGGAGUCGUUCUUACUCUCCUGACUAUGGGCGGAGGCGAUCCUAUUCUCCAUAUUACUCACAAAGAAGGAGGUCUUACUCUCCAUACUACAGCCGGUACAGGUCUUAUGUGCGAUAUGAUCAUUAUCGACACAGGUCAUAUUCUCGCUCUCGUUCUCCUUAUAGCAGGUCUCCUGUCAGCAUGCGUGACAGAUCAUACUCUCCCUAUGACUGGCCGGAUGGUCGCUCCUACAGAAGGAACCGUUACAGGUCUGUUUCACGAAGUACCUCACCCAAUGAUCGCUAUUAUGGAAGGCAUCGUUACAGGUCUGUUUCUCACAGUGCCUCACCUAAGCCAAGGAGAAGGUCAAGGAGGAGCUACUCACGGAGUGCCACUCCCGUUUCGAAGAGGAGAGAUUCUCCAAGUGUGUCUCCCAGGCCAAGGAGGAGUCCUUCAAGAAGCUCCAAGAGAAGUGCCAAAUAUUCGAAAGAUCGGUCAAGGUCCUCCAGUGUGGUUGCAAGUUCAAGAUCAGUAUCCAGGUCUAAUACUCCAAGAUCUUCCUCUCCUUCAACUUGAAAUUUGAUGCUCCCAAUCAACUUAACACCUUAGGCUUAUUGUAGUAGAUAAUGUAUUAGUGUGGUGACAUAUGUAUGCAGUAGUUCUAGGUGAAGUUUUCGUUCGGUUCCGUUAAUGACUUUGUCUAAAAACCAUACGACCCUAUUCCUAGUAGUACGGGAUUGAAAUAUUAUGUUAUUGUCAGUAUAGAUCACAUCUAAUUUCAACCUUGGUUUGGUUUGAUUUUUA